AUGUCCCGCGCGCCCUCCGGUUCACACCCUCACUACACGCAGCAGCAACAAAUGGCCUACCCUCCCAACGUCCAUCCCUCUUAUUACCAACAAAAUGCCUCUGCUGUAUACCCCCCCGACCCACAUAACCCCCAUGCACACUACGGCCGGCCGCACCAAGUGAAUGGGAGUGCUGGCGCGUGGCAGGGGGGCGCUAGUGCAGGGCAAAUGGAAGGCUACUCUAAUGCUGCUGCUAGCUCUUCGCGAGGCGAGCCCUAUCCACCCUACCCCCAACCUCAACAGCAACCUCAGCAGAUGCAACAUCGCGACUCGCCUACGGCUCAGGGUGGCCGGCCGGGUACAACAGGUGGAGGGUACGGCGCGUGGGGUCUACCAAGCACACCGUCCGGAAGAGGAGGCGUCAAGCUGGAGGACCUUGUGAGCAGUGACCCCAGAACGGGCAAUGCAGUCGCCACCCCUCAACAGGUUCAGCAACAGGGGAAAAGUCAGCCUCUGUCGUCGAUGCCUCUAGGUGGGACCUUUGAUGGUCGGAAUCCGUCCAACGCGGCCGACCAGCAGGGUGGCCUAUCGCCCCAACACACAGGUGGCAGAAAAAGUAUAGGGGGCGAAGAUAAGGGCAAGGACAAGAAGGACGACAAGGACAAGUCACAGCAAGGACCGUCAGAUUUUAUCAAAAAGCUGUACAAGAUGCUGGAGGAGGAGCAGGCGACCCAUGGAAAGGGCAAAAAAGCCGAGAAAGGCAAGAGAGGUCCUGUUGGAUGGGGCGCUGAUGGAACGAGUUUCGUUGUGUGGGAGAUGAACGACUUUACAACAAAGAUCUUGCCUCAAACGUUCCGUCAUUCGAAUUUCUCAAGUUUUGUCAGACAACUCAACAAGUAUGGCUUCUCCAAGAUCAAGCAUAUCGACAAGAACUCUGGCACAAUCAGAGAGAACGUUUGGGAAUUCCAGCAUCCCGACUUCCAAGCAGGGGGCAAGUCCAAUCUGGAAAGCAUCAAACGUAAACCCGUACAACCCAAAAGGCCUGCCCCUGAGACCAGCAACGAGGCCGCCGCCUCGCCCGUCCAAGCCGUCGUCAUGAACGGCGAAGAUGCUCAGCGAAUCAACCUCUUGGAAAAUCGGAUAAUGACGUUAGAAGAAGCUCUGCAGAGGUCAAUGGCUGAGACCGCUGAAACAAGAAGGGCGCAAGCGGGGAUGAUGGGGCUUCUGAGAGAUUUGGUCGGCCAUGUCGCUGCGACAGAGAAUGUCAUCAACUUGAUCAGAUCGGUCGAGGCCCUCACGCAGACGCCUAUUUACGGAGUGCAACAAGUUGCUCCCAUGCCUUUCACCCCCAGCCAACCGCAAAAUGCCCAGGCUUUUAUGAACACUGCCUACAGCAACAACAACCCCGCUUUUAGCGGCGGCACUGUGGCUGGCGCUCAGGCCCAAGCUUCGACGCCUACAGACGGCACCAACAGCCGAGGCAGCUUCAGUGGGCCGAGCACCGUCGACGUCAGGCCUCCUUCGUCUGCUUCUCGUCUUCGAGCCGUCUCAAAUGCUAGUGCAAUGGGCAUGCCUAGUGUUCCCAAUCCUCCCGCUGUCGACCCUACGGCCCCGAUUGCCGGCCCUUCCGCCCACGCUGAAGAUCCCGCAGACGAUGUCAUCGAGAUCCCCAACCAGAUGGAAACCAUGUACGAGGGAGAGUCACUCGGUCUGACACCUGUCUUUGUCGAGACCCCUGCGUGGCUGACAGAAGGGACGUCGGUGCCUCUAACGAUGUAUAGAAAGCAGAGCGAUGGGCAGGCGAUGAAGACGAUCUACGAGGCAUUCGCCACGGGUGGCAACAAGUUGCCGGAGCACGAUGUUGAAGGGAGCGGACUUGCUGCUGGCUCAGCUACUGCCGGAAUUCCGGGACAGACGCCACUGCAGUCUUAUGGUAACGGGUCGAGCAUGGGUAUUCCUCUUUCGCUAGGCACACCCACGUCAGCCGAAUCUACACCAAGCGGCAAGCCUUCCAAAAAGCAAGGCAAGAAGCCCAGAGUCGCAAAUCUGAAAGAAGAGCGCGAAGCCAAGCUCAAGCCUCACUGGUCUCAGACUCCCAGGAUUUUGGUCGUGGAAGAUGACGUGGUGUAUCGAACCUUGUCGAAGAAGUUCCUGCAAAAGUUUGGAUGCGAGACUGAGACUGUCGAGAAUGCGCAGGGAGCAGUUGACAAGAUGAACGGAGCAAAGUAUGAUUUGGUCCUGAUGGAUAUCUUCUUCGGGCCAAACAUGGAUGGUCGAAAAGCCACUUCUCUGAUUCGACAAUUCAACAAAUACACUCCGAUCAUCUCCAUGACGUCCAACGCCAAGCCUCAGGACGUCGACUCAUACUUCCAGUCGGGUAUGAACGACAUUCUGGCCAAACCCUUCACCAAAAAUCAUCUUUUCACCAUCCUCGAUCGGCACUUGGUCCAUCUUCGACACGCCCAACUCUACGAAAAGCUGAUCCCCUUUUCUGUCGGCCUUCCUCCUCUUUCGGACCAGCACGUCCAAGAAGCCCUCGCUGUGAGCGCAGCGUCGUUACAGAAUGGCGAAGGAAUGAUCGGGUUUGGUGCAGGGCUUGUAGGCGGAGGGCAAUUGCAGGUGGACAAUGGACAGGCGGCAGACGGCCAGAACAAUGGUUUGGAGAUUGGUAUUAGAAAUCCUCUAGCAGGAACGGGGUGGAGUGAUGAGGCGUAUCAGCUUGUUCUUGGACAAUUCCUCCAAACUGGCGUUAUGCCCGACAUCCACACCAUUUCCUCCAUCUCUACCAUCGACCCUAUCCCCAAUGGGAACCCUACGCCCAAUCCCAACGAGGCCAGUGGCAGCGGCACCGCCACUAUCGGUACCAACGUUGUCUUUGGCGAAUCUUCCGGUUUCAACCGCAAAAGGUCAAUUGACGCCAUGACGGAGGACAAUUGGGAGGGCCAAGUCCAAGCCCAAGCGCAGGUGCAAGCUCAGGCUCAGGCUCAGGCUCAGGCCCAAGUCCAAGCUAUGCAAGAGCAGCAGAACAUGGCUCAGGCGAUGCAGAUGCCUACCGGUGUGGGUAUCGGCUUGGAUGAGAUGGAGAUGAACGGCCUCGGAGGAGGCGGCAAUAUGGGAGCGGGGCAAGCUCAACAGGAAGCAGAUAUCAGGGAGGCAAAGAGGGCCAGGGGGAUGACGCAGCAGGGUAUGUGA